CGACGAGGCGGAGGAUAAGCUGUACUGUGUGUGCAAGACGCGGUAUGAUGAUGAGAGGGUCAUGAUCGCGUGUGAUCGGUGCGAUGAAUGGUAUCAUACGCAUUGCGUCGGAAUGCCGGAUCUGGAGGUAGAUCUGGUGGACCAGUUUAUAUGCCCACCUUGUGUUGACAAAAACCCAGAGCUUUCACUCCACACGACGUGGAAGCGACGCUGUCAGUACGGGCUCGCGCAGCAGGAUCCAGCGUCCGCGGAGGCGUGCCAUCGGCCCGCACGUGGCGCGUUUUCCAAAUAUUGCUCCGACGAAUGCGGCCUCAAGUGCAUGCAGAUGCGCAUCGGGGCGUGGGCGCGUUCGGGCGGUGCCGUCGGAGAUCUCUGGGAGGGCGUCAAGAUGGCGGAGCGGCGCGAAGGCAUCGUCGUGUCGACGCUGCUGGCGCAAGAGCAGAAACAGCAGGCACCCAGCGUGGACGAGAUGCAGGUCGACGGCUGCGCGCAGGAGAAGAGCGCCAUUCCGAAGACAAACGGCAACGGGACCGCCAUCACUAACGUGCACACGGUUGAUACCUCGCCCAUACUCGGAAUCGUGAAGCCGCAAAAACCGAUGAAGGAGCGCGAGCUGGAGCGGCUGAAUGCGCAGCUGGACGUGGUCGUCGAGAAGCGGGAGGCGAUGAAGAAGGCGAUGGAGGUGGUCGUGUGGCGAGAGCGGCUCACGGAGCUCGCGGUGCAGCGCUCGGAGGGCCUCGACGAGUGCGGGUGGGACCAACGUCUGUGCUUUGGGGACGAGGAGAUCGCGGAGUUUGGCGCUGGCGUCCUAGAGAGCUAUGAAGAGGAGAGCCAGGCGCAAGAGAGCGAGGCAAUGCAGGUGGAUGGCGCGGCGGAGCAGGGCGAAUGGUGGUGCCGGGGCAAGAGCAAAUGCGACAGGCACGACGGAUGGCAGAAGCUGCGCCUCACCGAGGUCCGAUUCGACAAGGAUGUGAAGGAACAGGCGCUGCAGAAGCUGACGACGCGCGAGCGCGAGAUCCGAAAACGCAUCGAAGAUAUUGUCGACCCGCAGGCGCGGCUCUCGACCGCUGCUACCAACAAUGCCGUCGCGGCUGCCCAGUACACGGCGCCCCUCCGAAACUCCAACGUGACUUCGAUCCCCAACGGACAGGCGAAAACAAAAAUCAACGGGGACACGGGGAAGAAAGGGAAGAAGAGAAAGUCGGAAGCAUGAACGUCGAACACCUCUGUAUCAUAUCCGCACGCUUCGUUCUGUGUGAUUGUCCGCGCGACCGACCUUAAUCACGACUCGUCACGUACUCACUUAUUCACGCCUUUCUGCAUGUUAUAAUUCUGUGCUACUCUUUAUUCUAAUGACAGUCAAGUAGCGAUCGG